AUGAAGAAGGAGCAAUUGGAGCUGUGGUUGGAUAGAAAAAGGAAAAAAAAGGCAAGAAAGGUAGAUGAGAGUAAACUUAAAAUCAAAGAAGAAGCUGAUAAAAGAGAAGCAUUGGCUCAGUAAGCUAGAGCAAUCAACAGAAAAAAGUAUAUGGAAAGGAAGAAAAUGAUCAAGUUAUAGUAGUAGCAAUAAAUGCAAGAAGAUGAAGAGGGUGAGGUAAGUUUAAGAGAUGGAAGAACUAGAGUAGUGAAUAUUGAAAUGAUAAGUUAAGAGAAAUUUGCUGUUACUACAAACUUUGUAACUCCAGAAGAGAUCAUUAACAUCCUUAAAAGAUUUGGUGCUGCUUAUGAUAAAAGAAGAAAGGAGUGGGAAUUUAAAGUACCUUUUUCAGACACAUCUAAGAUCAAUAUUGUUGAUUAUGAUUACCAUGAAGAUUUUGAACAUAAAGUUUUACUCCUUAACCUACCAAAGAACUUAUAAGUAUCACUUUAUAACUUUUAAAAGGUAGGAGUGUAAUUUGGAAUUGAUCAUCACGGGAGGUGCUUGAUUGGGGAUGAGAUGGGAGUAGGAAAAACAAUUCAAGCUAUUUCAAUAAGUUACCUGUAUAUGAAAGAUUGGCCUAUACUUAUUAUAACACCUAGUUCAUUAAGAUUCACGUGGAGAGAUGAGUUAAUGAACUGGCUCAAAUUUAUAAAAGAAGAGGAUAUACAAGUAAUUACAUCAUCAUAAGAUAGCUUUAGCGCUUCAUGCUAAGUAUACAUAAUAAGCUAUAAUAUAGCAACAAGAUUAGCUGGACUUAUUGAUAGAAAAAAAUUUGGAAUUUGUAUCGUCGAUGAAGCUCAUUAUCUUAAAAGUAGAGAUAGCAAAAGAGCUAGAAGUCUGGUUCCUGUAUUAAUGAAAAUCAAAAGAAUUCUAUUAUUAUCAGGAACUCCGAUUUUAGCUAGACCGAAUGAAAUAUAUAAUUUGAUGAGAGUUUUAAGACCAGACAUAUUCUACUCUUUUAAGGAGUUUGGCUUAAGAUUCUGCAACCCUAAAGAAAGCUACUUUGGUAUAGAUUGGACUGGUUCUGCAAAUAAUAGAGAACUGCAUUAAACUCUUGAAAAUACAAUUAUGAUUAGGAGGCUUAAAUCAGAAGUAUUAACAGAACUUCCAGCAAAAAGAAGAUAAAGAAUUUCUAUAUCAACAGAUAGUAAUUAAGUUAAAAAGAUUCAUUACAUGCUUAAGAAAGUUAAAAGUUGGUAAGAUAAAAUUGGAAGAAGAGGAGAGAAUGCUUUUGGAGAUAUUACUAAUGAUUUUGAUGAGUUUGUGAGAGAUCAUGGAGACAAUAUGAUGAGUGAUCCUACAUUUAGUUCACUAGAUGAUAAAUAUUCUUAUUUAGUUAAUGCUUAUGGCUUGACUGGAACUGCAAAAAUUAAAGGUAUUCAAGAGUUUAUGGAGACCUUGCUUGAGAAUAGAUGCAAAUUUUUGAUAUUUGCACAUCACUAUGAUGUAUUAGAUGCCAUUGAAGAUACAGUCAUUAAAAGAAAAGUAUCACACAUUAGAAUAGAUGGUAAGAUAGAUGUCACCAAGAGAUACGAAGCAGUCAGAAAAUUUUAAACAGAUGCAGAAUGCUUAGUUGCAGUUCUAUCACUUACUGCUUCAUGUACUGGAAUUACUUUGACAGCAGCUUCAACCGUUGUUUUUGCAGAAAUGAAUUGGACUCCUGGAAUAAUGGUCCAAGCAGAAGAUAGAGCUCAUCGUAUUGGGUAAAUUUAAUCUGUGAAUGUUUAUUAUCUCUUUGGUGAGAAUACACUAGACGCUAUGAUAUAUCCAAGAUUAAAAUUAAAAUCUGAGGUAUUCGCUAAUGUUGUUGAUGGCAAAGGAACUGAUUUCAGAAUAGACAAUGAAGAUGAAGCGAGGGAAUAGAUUAAUAAGUAGAUUUAAGAAAAGAAAAAUAAUACCAAGAGUAUUUAGAAAUUUGAAAAGAUAAGCAAUUAAGUAGCAGAAGCCUCUAAUUUUGACAUGCAAUAAACAAAUAUUUCAGACUUCUUCUUUGUAAAGAACAAAGUUUCUUCAAAGGUAAAGAACCCAAAUCCAGGUGAGAGUGUUUAAAAUGAGGACUCUAUCAUAAAUUGUGAGGGAGAGGAUAAAAGUUUCUCUUUGAAUAUUCAAAAUGGGCCAGAUCAUAUCAUGAAAAUGAUAAAUGGAUCAGAAACUCGACAUUAAAGUUCAUGUAACGAAGUUGAGAAUUUCUCGUCUGAUGAUUCAGAUUGUGAGAUAAGAGAACAAAUGAAUGCUUAUGAUAAAUAUAAUGAGAAAGGAUAUAAUUCAGAUGAUUUUUAUUUACCAGAGCCUCCUCUUGCCUCUGUUAGCUGGAGUGAAAGCACAUAAAAAAUAAAUAUAUAAGAUGAGAAUUGGGAUGAAGGCACUGAUACUAAAUAAAAAGCUUAUCAAAAACUUAGAGCUGAUAAAAACAAGAUGUUUGAAGAGAAUAAAAUUUUCAAAAAAUUUACAAGCCAAUUUAAAGGCUUGAAAAGAAUUCACCAGAGAGCUAAGAAACCAAAUAAAAUAACAGAGUAUGAAUUGCCGUGA